AAUUGUGACAGACGAGAGAACGGCCAACUGCGCCAUGGCUGCCUUGCUCAAGUCGGUCACGCCGGUGACGCAGGCUCUACAUGCUUGUGGCCAGCAGGUUCGGUGGAAGUCCAACCCCCUGAACUCUGUGUCUCUCUUGCAGCAGUACUACCGGAAGAUGCCCAUCCGGAAGAAGUACCGCAGGGCCAUCAUGCGUGGCACCAUGGUCAUGUGUGAGAGAACUGGGCAGGUGCGCAUUCCUCCGCUUGCCAUCUCCGGGUACGAUGAGAAGAAGAACCCCUACAGGGGAAGGUUCGAGGACCUCCGAGCCCUGCGCGUUUGGUUCAAGGACUGAGCCCAGCGAGUUUCACCGAGAAAGAA